GUGACAGAGGUGAUGGUUACUUUGCGGCUGGUGAUGUGACAAGGCAAGCCUGCAGCCACUAGCAGUGGUUAGCGAGUUUGUUGACUUUUACAUUUAUUCGUUCUUUCUCAGAAACAGACCGAUUGCCUGAAAAUGGAUAACAGCGGAAAAGAAAAGGAAGCAAAUGCUUUGAUGGCCGAGGCUGAAAAGAAAAUGAAAUCGUCUCAGUCGUUUUUUGGAGCGUUGUUUGGUGGCUCCUCAAAGCUGGAAGAAGCCUGUGACAUGUUGGUGAGGGCAGCCAACAUGUACAAAAUGGCCAAGAAUUGGUGUGGUAAGAUGAUUGUCACAUUUCAACACAACAAAUGUAUUGAAUGCCUCUUUCUUUUUUUCAGUGAUUUUAAAAUGCAACAAUUUAUCUUCUUAAUAGCUGCAGGAAAUGCAUUCUCCCAAGCUGCUCACCUUCACCUGCAGAUGCAGAGCAAACACGAUGCAGCAACCAACUUCAUAGAUGCUGGAAAUGCCUUCAAAAAAGCAGAUCCACAAGAGGCAAUUAACUGCCUAAACCGAGCUAUUGAGAUUUACACGGAUAUGGGGCGUUUCACCAUUGCAGCCAAACACCAUAUCAGCAUUGCUGAAAUAUAUGAAACAGAGCUUGUGGACGUUGACAAGGCCAUUGCUCAUUAUGAACAGGCAGCAGAUUACUACAGAGGUGAAGAAUCCACCAGUUCAGCAAACAAGUGCCUUCUGAAAGUAGCAACCUACGCAGCUCAGCUGGAGCAGUACCAAAAAGCUAUUGAGAUCUACGAACAGGUUGGAACCCAUGCAAUGGACAGUACACUCCUGAAAUACAGUGCCAAGGAUCACUUUUUCAAAGCUGCGCUUUGUCACUUUUGCGUAGACCAUCUUAAUGCAAAACUUGCUGUGCAGAAGUAUGAAGAAAUGUUUCCCGCCUUUUCAGACUCGAGAGAGUGCAAGCUGUUGAAGAAACUUCUAGAUGCCUGGGAAGAGCAGAAUGUGGAUGCCUAUACUGAUGCAGUGAAGGAAUUUGACACCAUUUCUCGGUUGGACCAGUGGCUCACCACCAUGCUUCUCCGUAUCAAGAAAACCAUACAGGAUGAGGAGAGUGACCUUCGCUGACUUGCCUCUCCUGCUAUUCUUUAAGCCCUAAAAAAAAUGACUUGCAUCCUUGUUUUUUUGCCUUGAGCCUCUCACUUCCAUUUAGCAGCAUUGUUAAUUGUUUGACCAUUAGCCCUUGUAUUCACAGAUACCAUUUCUUUCCUGCAGUAUUCUCUCAAAUUCAAUACAGUACUCCAAAAAUGAUGGUCCUUUUAGGUAUGAACACUACCUUUCUGAGUGCAGGCUUCACACAGUAUGUAAGUUGUAUAUUAUUAUGAAUCAGGUAUUGGCCCAGUAAUAGUUCAGCUGUUCAUAAUUGGGCUGCAAUACCAAAAACUCAUACCAGCACUAUUGUAUAAUAAAGGUUUCAUUUUUAUCUUCAUUUCAAUGAGAACAGAUGAGAGGACACAAACUCACUAACACUUCAAGCAACUAUAUACAUCUAUAUAUAUUUCUAAAAUGUGCUUUAGAAUAAACUAACCAAAAUGCCAAUAUUGAUAAAGGCACUCAAAUUUGCUUUGGUGAUUUUGAAUGCAUAUGUGUACUAUUUUGACAAAGGAGGGCGCCUCUAAUUAAACAGUGCUUGAUCUUAGCUGCAGAGGCCAAGAGUGUCUGAGGUUUUUCCAUUGAAUAUAUACCCCCUCUGCCUUAUGAUGCAAAUUUCUCAGGAUUUGGACUUGAUUUGAUGAAGAUUUAUAAAACAUGCUUUUAUAAGCACAAGUAA